AAGUAGAGGAUGAGAUUGUUGAAUCUGAUGUGGAGCUUGAAAGAGACACUGUUGAACCUGAUAAUGAUCCUCCUCAGAAGAUGGGAGAUGCAUCACUGGAAGUGACUGACGAGAACCGUGAAGCUGCUCAAGAAGCUAAAGGCAAAGCCAUGGAGGCUCUCUCUGAAAAAAACUUCGAUGAAUCAAUUGAGCAUCCGACAUCAGCUAUCAUGUACGGGAAGUCGGGAACAUAGCUAGUGUCUACACUAAGCUGAAGAAGCCAAACGCUGUGCUAUUCGAGAUGCAAACGCUGCAUUGGAGGUACAGUGAGACUAAAGUUUUAUAAAAAAAAUUAAGAAGCCUUAAUUGAGUUCUUGCAUUAGAGCACUCAAACUAAUUGUAUCUUAACAAAAAAAUUUAACUUAACUUUAUUACUUAAGUAUUCACUAAGAGACCCAUUAGGGUCUCCAAAGGAAAGACAAUCAGCUAUUACUUUUAUCCUUGCAUUUUUGAUAUCAAAAACCCAAAAGUUUCUUUUUCGUCCAUGAAACUUUCUCUAACGCACCGCAUAACUAAUCAUCUUUUCAUCAGUUUUGGUUAACCACACUUCUUUUACUUGUAUCACAUGCAUUUAACUCACGUAAAAUUAGUUCCAAAAGUAUAUUACAAUCACGAGGGAAAAAAAGUCAAUCCCUUUAACAUUACUAACAUGAAAAAAUGAUUAGUACAGUAUCAGUGUAUCACAAUACUUACAAUGAUUGAUAAUGUCUUUCUAAGAACGUUGCCAUUUGUAACAAACUAACAAUUAGUCUAAGACAAAGGAAAAUGUGUGGUUCAAUAGUUUAUUCCUUACAAAUCUCGAAGGAAUCUCUCUUUGCUUAAUUACGUACUGUAGUGGGAAAAAAAAAGAGACGAGAUAUUAUUACUAAAUUCUUUAAAACUUAUACCACUAUUAUGUUUUUUUGGUGAUUUAGGACGCGCGAUGUACAGGGGCGGACCCACACUAUAGUUUAUGGAGUACUUGACACCGUAAAAAUACGAUAAAGUGUUGGUUUUGUAUAAGUAAUUGUCAAAAUUUCGGUAGCAGAGUCGGUAAAGUUCAGUGACUGAACCCCCAAAACCCAGUUUUGAAACCCACCAAUGUCACCUUAAAUUCUUUUGGGAAAUCUGUUUUUUCAGAGCAAAAAAAUGGUAACUAUGUCCCUUUAUACUAAUUUAUACUACUUUAUGUCCUAUUAGACUAUUUUUUUCCAAAAUGGCAGUAAUGCCCUGAAAAUUGUAAUUUUUUUAAAAAGAUAUAUAUUGAGUUCGACAAUGGGGAUCGAUCGAUCUCACUUUACAAGUUAUAGUUGAUCGAUCGAUCCCGAUCAUUAUUCAGAACAAAAAAAAACGCGAAAUAUAUACUGAUCGACCUGGUCUAUUUCACUCGAUCGGCGAAGGUCGAUUUACACAGAUCGACCGAUCUGUAAGAAUAGAUCGAUCAAUCCCGUGCCGAGGAAAGAAUCCCAAAUCGAUUUUUUUGGUUUUGUAUGAUUAUAUCCGGAUUGAUUCCCACUUGAUUUGAACCGACCAAGCAUGAUUUCAACUCUUUAAACUCGAUUUCUCUGGGAUGAAACCCAUAAUUUCCCAUUCACGAAUAAAGGGAGACAAAAUCAAAAUUCUCACCCAAGUUCAUUAACCCUAACUCACUCAAUUUCACUCUGAUUUGGACGAUUAUUUGGCCUAACCCCAUACAAUUUCUUGAGCUUUUUACGAAUCUAUCACUCUUUAGUUCGUUCUGCAAAGGUAUAAAACUCUAUCUCCACUUCUUUUUAGAGUUUGAAAAUAGAAAGGUAAAAGGUAAAUUUUUUGAGUUAGUUAGGAUGUUUAGGCUUCAAUCAUGUGUAAGGUGAUGAUUAGAGAAGAUUUUGUACACAAUCAUGGCUUAAAUCAUAUUUUUGGGAUAGAUCUAGGAAUUUUAAGUUUUGUUUUAAAAAAAAAAAUUAAAACACCAUAAAAUUAGGGUUACUUCUUAAAAAAAAAUUCCGAAAAUUUGGAAUUAAAUCUGUAAUGUUAAUUGUUGAGUUGCAUAGGUGUUGAAUCAUUGUCCAUGUCAAUUUACUCAGUUUUAACUUUGAGAACUCAUUUGUUAAGGGUUGUGUGCAGAAAAUGGUGAAAAAAGGAGGACCGAAAAAGACCAAGGAAACAGCACCGGCGGCAACAUAGACACGUGACACAACAGCUGCUUCGACCUCAGCGCAGCCCGAAAGUGAUGAGCCUCGGGAAGCAGCCCCUUGGCCUCGUGACCCAUUGACUCCAUUCUCUAAACUCCCUACAAUUCAUAACCGACAUAUCUCAAGUAAGAAGGAGCUGAGAGAACUUGCAUCCUACACACACCGCGAUUACUAUGCUAGUUGGAGUGAUUACCACUGCAUUCUCUACAAUGGUUUGCAGCAGAUGAGAUUGAAACCAACAAAGUUCAUCUGCGAUUACACUACAAAGGAGUUGGGAAUUGUGCGGGAUGUCAAAAAGAUGUGGAAAAACAUGGGACUUGGGACUCUUGGCUACAAUCCACAACCCCUAUAUCCAGACUUGGUUAUACAGUUUCUCUCUUCAGUUGAGUUGCACUACAAGUCCGAGGUAAACAAAGUUGCUAGCGAAGGUAAACUUACAUUCCUAUGUAGAGGACUGCUUUAUGAGAUGUCUAUACACGAGUUGUGUAUACUAUUCGGAUUUGAGACCCGACAUGAGGCAUGCUCUUUGCCCAAGUUCCCUUGUGCUUACUUGUUGUGGAGCAAGAUUGCAGACAGUUCUUAUGUAUCUCGGGAAGCUAAACUUGCAAUGCUCAGAAACCCGGUCUUGCGAGUGGUAGCAAAAUAUCUGGGUCAUCUUCUACUAGGAAAAUCAGAAGCAGGAUCACUUACUGAAGAUGAAGCGCAUCUUAUUCACUACGGGCUGCCAUUAGCUCUCAGGCCGACGUAUGACGUUGCAGAUGAACCUCCAGCAGAGCUUUCGGUAAACAUGAGAGCAUUGUUUGCUCAGAUGUUGUUUGAAAGGAAGUUUAGGAGUCUUCGUCCUCUUGACAGGAAGCCUUUGGAUGAGUCUAUUGGCAGUCUACUUACUCGGAUCUUCAUGCACCAUGAUAUUGAUCUUUCGGAUACUCCUUGUGUGGAUACGAUUGGCAGAUUUGAUGCCCAGUUCUUCCUAAACACCAAGAUCCUUCAUUCUGGUAAAAUAUACCGUUUUACCAUGCCUGAUGGGACAAUCCUUCAUUGCAAGCUUCCACAACCCGCUAUCACAUCUCUGACGUCUGUGGAGAACAUGAAGUUCAUGCCUUCUGCUGAAGUUCUUUACACGCCUCCUCCACUAGCUUCAAAACGUCGUUGUGGUUCUUCUUCUUCUGGUCCUACGCAGACACAAUCUGAGGAUGACACCAUCCCGGAUAUCUCAGUCAAUCAUACUCCAAACCCUUCUAUGGAGUAUUUGUUACCACCAUGUACUGGCCAGUUUGAUUCUGGAGCACCACCAUUAGAUGGUACAUAGCAGCAGCAGUUCACAUGGACUGCCGAUACAUUAGUCAAGCUCUCGACGAUGAUGCAGACUGUGUGGGGUGCACUUGCAAAAUUAGAUGUCCACCUACUCCUUCCUGCUGCCGCGCUCCAAAGACUUUAGAGGCAGCUGGUAUGACUAGAGACGACGCAGGAAAUGAACCAUCUGAUGAAGCAACCGAUGAAGAGCGAGGUUCACGCCUCCAUAGGAGCAGACGAGCACCAGGACAGAGUAGAAGCUGCAGUCCUGACGACCACCAAUGAUCAGUAUCAGUUAUAUCUUUCCAUUGUAUUCCACCGGUUUUUUAAAUUUUCUGCGCAUUUCGAAUUCGAAUCUGGAUUGUUUGCAUGUUUUAUUAGUCCAGUUUGGAUUAUAACUUUUAUAAAUUAUAUAACCUAUAGUAAGUUAUCAUUCUA